UUCGACCCUUUUAUUUGUAAUGACUGGUGCACUCGGUGAUUCGACGAAAAUGUCGAACGGCUCUCAUGAUAAUCAUUUUAAAAUGGCGAAUGAUUCAGUAAAUUUCGCUAGCCGUACUUCUCAAGGGAGUUAUUCUGAUAGCUCGAGUGAUGAUGGUGUCCCUUUGUCCGCAAAAUUAAAAGUAGAACCAUCACCCAGAGAUAAGCCACGUAAUUCAAAGUAUAAAGAAAGUUCUAGUGAAGAUGAUGUCCCAUUAUCUUCGAAAUUGUCUCACGGCAAUUCAUCUCAAAAAAAGGCAUAUGAACAUGGUUCUGAGUCAAGCGAUGAUGACGUCCCCCUUUCUGCCAAACUGAAAAAGACCUUUAUGAAGCGCAAGUCUGAGCCCAGCUAUGACAGACCGGCAAAAAAAAUUAGAAUGUCAGAAUCAAAUGUAAAAUACAGGGCUAAACCUGAUGUAAAAAGUGAGCCAACCACUCCGAAUAAAAAAGCUAAAGUGGAGGAGGAAGAGGUGUGGAAGUGGUGGGAGGAAAAAGCUAAGGACGGUGGUGCUAAAUGGAGGUUUCUUGAGCACAAAGGUCCUGUGUUCGCUUCCCCUUAUGAACGUUUACCAAGUGAUAUCAAGUUUCACUAUGAAGGAAAACGAAUUGUUCUCUCUGAUGAGGCCGAAGAAGUGGCUGGAUUUUACGCUCGCAUGCUUGAUCAUGAAUAUACCUCUAAAGAAGCUUUCAACACAAAUUUCUUUCGUGAUUGGCAAAAAGUAAUGACUGAGGAAGAAAAAAGGACUAUUCGUCACUUAGAUAAAUGUGACUUUGUCGAAAUGGCAGAAUAUUUCAAGAAGAAGACUGAGGAACGUAAGAAUAUGACCAAAGAAGAAAAACAGGCUCUCAAGGAAGCCAAUCAACAGCUCGUAAACGAAUACGGAUUUUGUACACUAGAUGGACACAAACAAAGAGUUGGUAAUUUUAGGAUUGAGCCUCCUGGUCUCUUCAGAGGCCGCGGGGAUCAUCCGAAAAUGGGUAUGCUUAAGAAGCGCGUUCUUCCAGAGGAUGUAACCAUUAAUUGUUCAAAAGACUCCGCUAUUCCUGUUCCACCCAAAGGUCACAAAUGGAAGGAAGUGCGGUUUGAUAAUACGGUCACAUGGUUAGCGUGCUGGGUUGAGAACGUUCAAGGCAACUUUAAGUACGUCAUGCUCAAUGCCUCAUCUCGACUUAAGGGUGAAAAAGAUUGGAAAAAGUAUGAAACUGCUCGCAAGCUUCACAAAUUGAUUGAUAAGAUAAGAGAUGAUUAUCGCGCUGAUUUCAAACACAAAGAAAUGAGGAUACGGCAGAGGGCUGUUGCUCUCUAUUUUAUUGAUAAGCUUGCCCUUCGUGCUGGUAAUGAGAAGGACGACGAUGAAGCGGACACCGUAGGCUGCUGUUCACUUCGAUAUGAACACAUUAAGUUGCACGAACAAAUGAACGAUAAGCAGUAUGUAGUAGAGUUCGAUUUCCCGGGCAAGGAUUCGAUUCGGUACCAAAAUGCUGUUCCGGUACCUAAGCGGGUCUUUAAGAAUCUUAAAUUGUUUCUGAAAAAUAAACAAGAUGGUGAUGACUUGUUUGACAGAUUAAAUACCACAGUUUUGAAUCAAUAUUUGCGUGAACUGAUGGAUGGGCUCAGUGCCAAAGUCUUUCGUACCUAUAAUGCUAGUAGAACCCUAGAGGAGCAGUUGGAAAUGCUUACAGCCUUGUCGGACCUAGUGGCAACCAAAGUCUUAUCAUAUAACCGUGCAAAUCGAGCUGUCGCUAUCCUCUGUAAUCACCAGAGGUCUGUUCCAAAGACUUUUGCUAAAUCAAUGGAGAAUCUACAGAAGAAGGUCGAUGCGAAAAAGGAACAGAUUUCUGAUGUAACCAGAGAGGCAAAGCAAAUUAAGGCUGAUUAUAAAAAAAUGAAACAAGCUUCCAUGAAAGUUCAAUAUGAAAAACUUAAGAAGCGACUUAGUACACUCAAGGAGCAACUUAUGAAGCUACAGGUUCAGGCUACGGAUAAAGAUGAGAACAAAGAGAUCGCUUUAGGUACUAGCAAAUUAAACUAUCUCGAUCCUCGCAUCACAGUCGCAUGGUAA